AUAAAAAAAUAAGAAUUUUAUUUAUUUUAAAAAUGAGAAAAGAGAAAAACAGAAGAAAAAGAAAGCAGAAAAAAAGGAAAAUACAAUAUCUCUUAUUUAACAGUAAGAAUGAAAGAAGAAAAGAAGAGGGAUCAUUUAUACUCAUUAAUUGUAUUUAAAUUUUGAGAGUCUGGAACUAAUUAAUUGAUUAUUUAUUACGAAAAAAUAAAAUUGAAACACAUUUGUUUAUACAAUCAUAAAACAUCGCUGAUAUUAGGAAAUCCUUAAUUAAAGGAGCGAUACGGUCGCUCUUCGCGCGCGCGAGUCUCUGAAAAUCUAUAACUUUUUAAAUUUACAAUUUCAUUAGCAAUUUGUUAGGACAAUAGUAACGGUAUCGAGAUCGGCGCGAAGUAGACCAAUGCAACCGGAACAUUGCGAGCGGAAUGAUCACUACGGCGUCACGCAACUCAGCGAGGUCGCUGCCAAGGUCGUCACGUGCACUAACCGCCAUCACCACCACCACCCUCGCUACGUGGACGUUGGGUCGGCGGGUUUGGGGUGACCGAGGAUCACCCUGGCGAAUCCUUUCAGUGACCGUUCGCUGGUCGCUGUCUUCGCGAGUUAGUCCUGGCCAGUCCUGACGCAACGAGACUAGGAUAAUCCGCCAGCUCAGCCAGUUUCGUGGUGGAGUAAAUGACCCACGGAGGCUGGCAGGUAGUGGCUUCUGGACCGCAGAACCUGAGAGUGGCGUCUGGGGAUGUCGCGUCCCCCUGGCAAGAAGACUUCCUAUAUGAGCCUGUGGCGUGAAUUCCUGCUCUACAACUCGACCGCCAGGAGAUUCGGUUUAAACCAGCGUUUAGGAAAACUCGGUGGGAUGAAUGUUUCCACGGUGUUUCCUGAAGGAUACGUAGAAAAUGAUCGAGUGCAGCAUCAUGCAUCAUCGGUACCCAAGGGGGACGAGGAGAUGCCCGAAGAGCAACGAAAGCGACGCAUGAAGGAGUUCGUUGGCCUGGAGGAGGUCACCAAGCUCGACUUCCUGGUGAUGCUGAUCGCUGAGAUCCUGGGCACGUUUCUGCUGGUCCUCAUAGGCUGCGCUUCCUGCAUCUCGUGGAUAGUGACGAUGCCACCGAACGUCUUGCACAUCGCGUUCACCUUCGGCCUCGCGGUAGCGAGCUUAGCGCAGGCUCUAGGUCCGAUUUCCGGCUGUCACGUAAACCCGGCCGUGUCGUUCGGCCUAUUGAUCAGCGGAAAUUGCAGUCUCCUCAAAACCAUCUGUUACAUAGUCUGCCAGUGUUGCGGCGCUAUUGCCGGAUCCGCUAUUCUCAAGCUGAUCAUACCCAAGACACAAGCCUCCCACGGCCUAGGCGUCACCGCGUUGCAUCCCGACGUGACCGCGGGUCAGGGUUUAGGAAUGGAAAUAAUCAUCACGUUCCUGCUGGUGCUGGUCGUGCACGCCGUCACGGAUCCCAAGAGGACCGACGCGAAGGGUUGGGCCCCGCUCGCGAUUGGCCUGACGAUCUCGGUGGCCCAUAUGGCGGCGGUGCCCAUCACCGGCAGCAGCAUGAACCCCGCCAGGAGUCUAGGCCCGGCCGUGGUGGACGACAAGUACGUGAAUCUAUGGGUUUACUGGAUAGGCCCGCUCGUCGGCGGUGGCAUAGCCGGUUUGGUGUACAGGAUGGGCCUGAAGGCCAACAAGGAGGACGACGAGGGCUCGUACGACUUCUGAAGGCAACUUGCCGCGCGAGAUGGACUCUAAUAUGUAAUAAUGUCUCGUGAAGACUGGGAGGUUUUCUGGGUGUAAAUAAAAAAAUAGAAUUUUGUGUGGAUGACGAUGGUGAUCGCGAGACGGUUUCGCGAUCUUCAUCCGUUGCAUUUAACAAGAUUAUGUUCGCGAGAAAUUUGUAAGUGGUAGUUCUGAAUGAAAUUGAACGCCCUGCAGAUUAAAGGGGAUCGAAAUGCUAGGCACUCGACGAGGAAAGAAAAUUGGUUCACUCAUCAAAAUUAUAUUGUAAAUUUCCCCUUUUAUUCGACAUUCUUCCGGGAAUAUUUUUAUUUUAUCUAGAAAUCUGUUAAUUAUAUCAUUCGGUAUCAAAUGUUAUCUAGUUUCUUAUUUCUAGUGCUUUUUAACUGAUGGCGUUCGACCGGAAAAAAAAAACAGAAAUAUGUCGACAUUGUUGUAUAAUACAUAUAACGUACAAAAAAUUUAGCAAAAUUAUAAUAUUAAUAUUUCGACAACAUUAUCACUAAAUUAUUACUGCGGAGUAAGAGAUGCGUGUGAUAAUAUCACACAAAUAAUGUAGAUAUUAUCAGAUUAAUGUCUUUUCUUAGAAAUUUUGCUUUCUCUUAAAAAAUUGGAACUAAAAAGUGUUCUCUUAACUGCAGAGAAAGAUUUCUUCAAUCAUUAUCGUCAGUGUAAUAUCAACGCGACACCGAUACAUAAAUCGGAGAUCAUUUAUCAUUCGAUAAAUCGACACCCUCGUGUCUCGAAUGAAUCCUACAUCCGCUAUUUGGUACUUCGCUAAUCCGAGUUUUGUAUAUAUUAACUUAAGCUAGUUUAUGUAUAGCGAUAGACCGAACGUAUUAUCUAGCAUAAAGUGUACUUAACGUAGUCUAGAAUUUAAUUAUUUACAGCGUACCUACGUCGGAUGACAGCACUAACAAAUAUACUCUUUACCAACA